CUCUCUCUCUCCCUCUCUCUCCCUCUCUCCCAGCCUGGAGUCAGAUUCGUGUCGGGCCUAGCUGGUUUCGGGAAGAGUGGGGACAGGCAGCCUUUGGCCAAGUCGGUGGCCAUGGAGAUCGGCACCGAGAUCAGCCGGAAGAUUCGGAGUGCUAUAAAGGGAAAGCUACAGGAAUUGGGAGCAUAUGUUGAUGAAGAACUGCCAGAUUAUAUUAUGGUCAUGGUGGCCAAUAAGAAGAGCCAGGAACAGAUGACAGAGGAUCUCUCUCUUUUUCUAGGAAACAACACUGUCAGAUUUACUGUAUGGCUUCAUGGUGUCCUAGAUAAGCUUCGAUCUGUAACUACAGAGCCUGCAAACCUAAAAUCUUCUGAAUCCAACAUUUUUGAGAGCAGUCUGUCUUCUGGCAAAAGCACAUCAGCUGGGAAUGAGGAAAGGACUGGAGAAGAAAUCCUACAGCCUCUUACAGUCUCAAGUUCUCGACCUGAAAGGACUGACUUCCGAGUUUCUACUAGUUCUCAGGAACAGAGAGCUGCUGCUCUUCGGCAGCCUAGUCAUGAUGGUUCACCAUCCCUGUUAAUGUCAACUGUAAAGCCUUUACGGGAGCUUUCCCCUUUGGAAGCUGUGAUUGACAUUAAGCCUGAGCCAGAUGAUCUCAUUGAUGAAGAUCUGAAUUUUAUACAGGAGAAUCGGUUAUCCCGGAAGAAGCCUCUUGUUACAGUGACAUAUGGCUCUUCCCGCCCAACGGCUGAAAUCUACCGUCCACCUGCUAGUCGAAGUACCGAAGGCAAUGUUCACUUGCAGAGGUUGCCACAGUCAAGCAACCUCCAGGCUGGCAAGCAGCUUAAUAUACAGGGUGAUAGGUCACAGGAAACCAUCCAGCUCUGUGAUCCAGAUGCAUUUGACAGCUUGGCCGAGAGUUACCAGCCCCCUUCAAAAGGGAACGCUGAUAAAAUUAGCAGUGAGGAAGAAACUUUGAGGAAGAGAAAACUCCCAGUUGUAAGCUCAGUAGUCAAAGUGAAACGGUUCAGUAAUGAUGGAGAGGAGGAGGAGGAGGAAGAUGACUAUGGUCUGCGACUGGGAGGCAUCUCCAGCAGUGUCUCUGUGCCUGCAAAACCUGAAAGAAGGCCUUCACUGCCACCUUCCAAACAAGCUAAUAAGAAUUUAAUAUUGAAAGCUAUAUCUGAAGCUCAGGAAUCGGUUACAAAGACAACUAAUUAUGCUACAGUCCCACCAAAGCAGACAGUUCCUGUGGCUCCCAGAACUCGGACCUCCCAUGAAGAAGCCCUCCUUGAAGUGAUUCAUGGCCAGAAUCAGCCGACCAGAGUAAACUCUCAGAUACAGGAAGAAGAACCAAGAGAACAGACAUUAGGGAGAGUUCCAGGAACCCAACAGAGGCAACUCUUUUCCCGUCUCCAGAUUGAGCCAGGCAUUGAGGAGAUGUUACAAAAAACUCAAGAUUAUUAUGACUUAGAAUCAGUGGUCCACACAGAUACAAGAUCAUUUAUCUUGAAGAAGCCCAAGCUAUCUGAGGAGGUCACCACACCCAGAAACUUGGAUGUGGGGAACAAUGCUACGGAUGCCUUGCAGGCACUUUCAGGACGGCUCAUUCAAACACGAGAGCAGCUUAUGCUGUCAGAGAAGCCUGCUAGUCCCAAGUUCAUAGUCACUUUGGAUGGAGUCCCCAGCCCUCCAGGGUACUUAUCUGAUCAAGAGGAGGAGGAAUUGAGUCUUAUGGAGGGAGUUAGGCCUAUUCCAUCCAAACCAACAGCCAGCAAGGGAUUAAGAAGCCUUCGCACACAACAGAUGCACAUUAUAUCCAGACAACUGGACAGCACAGAUGUAGAGAUGGAAGAAAUAGGCAUCUUACACAAGGUGGAGAAAGUUCCUGAGCGCUGCAAAUACUGGCCUGCCUGCAAAAAUGGAGAUGAAUGUGCCUUCCAUCAUCCCACACUGCCAUGCAAAGUCUUUCCAAGCUGCAAGUUUGCUGACAAGUGUUUAUUCAUCCAUCCAAAUUGUAAAUAUGAUGCCAAAUGCACCAAACCAGACUGCCCUUAUACUCAUGCCAGUCGACGGGCACCACUACCACCUCCUAAACAAGUUUCAGCUCCAGCUCCACCAGCAUCUUCUACCAGCCAGCUUUGCCGCUUUUUCCCUGCGUGUAAGAAAAUGGAAUGUCCUUUCUACCAUCCCAAACACUGUAGGUUUAACACACAGUGUACCAGAGUCGACUGCACAUUCUACCACCCUGCUGUUUCUGUACCACCACGUCAUGCCUUGAAAUGGACUCGAACUCAAACUAGUGAAUAAUUCAGAGACCCCCAUUCAAUUUUCAUCAUAGUACUGUGAUGAUGGAAGGAUGCUUGCUGAUGGUACAAGAGGCUGUAAAAGUUUAUCACAUAUUCCAGGCUUUGAAUAUGUAUUGUUUCAUAAAAUGAAGUUGAUUACAUACUUGAAAUGUGUAAUUUUCAACUGUUGUAUAUUUAAUAACUGGUUUUACAUAUUUUUACUGUAAAAUUGUCUGUAGGAAAGAGAAAAUUUGCUUUAAUCCUUAAUUAAUUAAAAUACCAAGACAAGGAUUUUGUCCUACUUA